UCGCAGCUGCCCUCGCGCCGUCGGCUCUCCGCUGCUCCGUGGCAUCAGGGUUACUGGGAAUAUGUCGGCCUCCGGGAGCCUCUCGGAAAGCGCGCGGAUGGAGACACGCGCGUGAGCGUUGGAGGUAUUUUUCCACCGCGUUUCCCGCCUUCUGCUCCCGCCUCGGCGCGGCGGCCUCGCGGCUCUGACGGCAGCAGCCUCCGCGCGCCGCUGGGAAGCUGGCCGGCUAGCUCCGCCCGCAGCUCCGCUUCAGCCCCGCGGGUUGGUACCGCGCGUGCGGCCGGAGGAGAGGACCGCCGCGGGGUGUGUCUGCCCGGUACCGGCCCGGGACCGGCACCGAGCCCGCCAGCUCCGCCUCAGGAGCAGCCGGACCUCCGCUCAGGAGCUGAAGUUUGAUUGACCGUCAGACCUGAUCGUCUCAUUAGGUCACGCCCCCCCAUCAUAAACCAGGAAGACGACGAUGGCGGCUGCUGGGAGACCUGAAUCCUGAACCGGGAUAACUUCAGCUUCAGCCGCUCCAUCCACUAAAGGAGGUCGUCAUCCAGCCUUUCUGUGUUCAGGAGAAGAGAGCGGACUCCUGAGGAGAAGAGGGGGGGUCUGGGAAAGGUCGGAGGUUACAUAACGGGGUUACCUGCCCAGCAGAUGUUUCUGCUGGGUCCUAAUGCUGGUCAGCUCCGUUCAGUUUUCACGGACGUGGACGCUAAUGGAUCUGCAGCUCCGCUUCAGAGGUUUGGACCAAAGGAUCGGCUCGUUUCCUGCCACACCUGAGGCGUACCUGGCAGGUGAGGGGGUUUGACUCCACUCCCGGUGAGGUUUGGGGAUGCCCCGACACAGGAAGUCCAGACUCCUGUGUUGGUCCGUCGACAGGCUGCAGUCCUGGACUGAAGGCCGUGUUUCCCUCUGAACUGGAGCUUUUUUACUGAGUCGGUUUCGUUUGGACCGCCGGUUCCGGAUGUCGUCUCGGGACGUGAGAAGCUGCAGGUCUUGCUCUGCCGCCAGAGCGUCCGGCGUUGGUGUGAGGACGGGAUUCUGCUGGAGCUGAGAGGAAAAGCGCAGAGAAGACAGCGGCGUCGGAACCGAUUAUCCUCCAGCGGUUUCAGUCUCUGCCCCCCCCGUCAUGCCCCUGUUUCUGUGAGGAGCCCCCCCGCCCCGUCUGAACCCGUCAGUCCGGAUCCCUCAGGGACCGUCCUCUGACGGGACCAGGUCCUCUGACGGGAUCAGGUCCUCUGACGGGAUCACAUCUUCUGACGGGAUCAGGUCCUCUGACGGGAUCACAUCUUCUGACGGGAUCACAUCCUCUGACGGGAUCACAUCUUCUGACGGGAUCACAUCUUCUGACGGGAUCAGGUCCUCUGACGGGAUCACAUCUUUUGACGGGAUCACAUCCUCUGACGGGAUCACAUCUUCUGGACGUUUUCUUUUUGUUGUGUUUUUCAGAACUUGGAUCGGAUUUCUUCACCGUCUCAGAACCAGGUUUGGGUUCUGAGGUUCUGCUCGGGGUGUUGUUCAAACACCUUCAUCUGGAUAAUCUCUGGUUUAUGCCCCCCCACCUGUUAUUCUCUGUCGGAUCAGAACACCGGGCUUUUCCGGCACAGAGACCCAUAAGCUGCUUCUAAUCUGCCGGAUCAGGAUUGAACACAAAGAUCCUCGCUGCUGAAUGGGGUGAGGCUCCGCCCCCCCAUGUCCUGAAGAGGAAGCCUCCAUCCUCAGUUUACUCCCCCCCAGCCUGGUUAUCGCCCCCCCAGCAUCUUCAUCCCGGCUGGACACGCCCCUCAGCAAACAGGAAGUGAUGGCAGGUAGCAGCAGUAAGAGCGGGGGGCGGGGCCCGUCCUCCUCGCCGCUCCCUCACGCCGUGGCCCCCCCCAGCAGACCCCUGCGACCCUCCCGCUACGUCCCGGUGUCGGCGGCGACCUUCUUCCUGGUGGGCUCCACCACGCUCUUCUUCUGCUUCACGUGUCCCUGGCUCUCGGAGCGGUUUUCCGUGGCCGUGCCGAUCUACAACGGCGUCAUCUUCCUGUUCGUGCUGGCUAACUUCUGCAUGGCCACGUUCAUGGACCCCGGGAUCUUCCCACGAGCUGAGGAGGACGAGGACAAGGAGGACGACUUCCGCGCUCCUCUCUACAAAACCGUGGAGAUCCGCGGGAUCCAGGUCCGGAUGAAGUGGUGCUCCACCUGCCGCUUCUACCGCCCGCCGCGCUGCUCGCACUGCUCCGUCUGCGACAACUGCGUGGAGGAGUUCGACCACCACUGUCCGUGGGUCAACAACUGCAUCGGCAGGAGGAACUACCGCUACUUCUUCCUCUUCCUGCUGUCCCUGACGGCUCACAUCAUGGCCGUGUUCGGCUUCGGCCUGCUCUUCAUCCUCUACCAUCGGCAGAGCAUCGACCGGCUGCACGCCAUCGUCACGCUGGCUGUGAUGUGUGUUGCGGGUCUGUUCUUCAUCCCGGUGGCCGGCCUCACCGGCUUCCACGUGGUUCUGGUGGCCCGGGGCAGGACGACCAACGAGCAGGUGACGGGGAAGUUCAGGGGCGGAGUCAACCCUUUCACCAACGGCUGCUGGAAGAACGUGUCUCACGUGCUCUGCAGCUCGCAGGCGCCCAGGUAUCUGGGCAGGAAGAGGUGCGUGCAGAGCGUCAGCGUGCAGCCGCCGUUUUUGCGGCCGCAGCUGACAGAAGCUCAGCUGGCGGCGAAGAUCCUGGACAACGGUAUCCAGGGAGACCUCCACCGGUCCAAGUCCAGUCUGGAGAUGAUGGAGAGUCAGUCAUGUGACGCUGAGGCUCCUCCUCCUCCCAAACCGGAGCUGCGGUACCCCGGAAUCACCAGGGAGAACACGGAAGAGUGCAGCCUGCUGAACAAAGCUCCGCCCACUCCCACCAUGUACAAGUACCGGCCCAGCUACAGCCCGGGGAAGAACCACACCGCGCUCACGCACGCGUACGCCAACCAGGGAUGAACUGAUCCACAUGAAACGGACCAAUGGGGACCAGCCCUUCUCCUGCUCCACCCCCUCCUCCCCUUCUCAUCCAAGCCCCGCCCACAAACCCCUGGGGGGCAGUGUGAAGAAAGUGACGGGCGU